AUGGCGUCAAUCGCUCCCGUAUGGAUAAUGCUCAUCGUAGCGCUCGGCCUCAUCGCCGCUGGUUGGUUCUUACCGCGAAAGGGUCCUAACCAGACGCUUGUGCGGUCGAGCUUGAUGCUCACGUUUGCGUGCUGCUAUCUCAUGUGGAUGAUUGCGUACAUGGCUCAAUUGCAUCCCAUUCUCUCACCGCGGCAUUAUAUAUACCAUUGUCUCCUUGCAUAUGGACUUUCACUUGCUAAUUGA